AUGAGCAAUAAUCAAUACAAUACUAAAAAGUUGGCUCCAUUUAAAAAAUAAAGAGAUAUUCUCAAGGAAGAAUUUAAAAAACUAUAAUAAGAAUAAUUAGAUGAGGAAAAAUUGAAUGACUAUUAUUUUGAUGAAAUUGGUCGAGUAGAAAAAGUAUUUAAUGAAAUAUUAUUUAGGAAUAUGAAUCUUUAAUUAAAUCAAUUGAAGCAUAUAACAAACAUAAUCAUACAUUAAAAACUAUAGGCAAAACAGAUGAAAAUUAAGGUUUAGAUGAGACAAUAGAAAAUAAUGUGAUUUAAACAUUAAAUCUAUUUCUUCUUAAUACAAGCAAAAAGGAGUAUUUAGAAAGUAUUUAAGAACAAGAAAUAUCAAAAAAAUAAUUACAAGUUGGAAAUCUAAUUAUGACAUAAAAUUAGUUAAAAGAUGAAAAAUAGAUAGUAUAGGAAGAUGAAAAAGUUAUUCUUGAAGAUGGAUAUUAUGUAUCUUUGAAGUAAGGAUACAAUUCUUUAGUUGUUAAAGUACCAGGAACAGUACGCACAUUCAAAGAGUUAAAAUAAAUAGUUAAAUCAUGUUUUAUGGCAGAGGAAUAAGAAAUAUUUUAUACAGAUUUAAUGGGAAAUAUCAUUUAACCUGAUAUGAAUAUUUUGGACCAACUUUAUCCGUCGAUUUAUGAGUUGCUUAAAAAUUAUCAACCUGUUAUUGGUAUUAAAAUAAUUAAAUAAAAAAAAACUAAAGAAGACACAAAAAAAACUGAAGCUGAUUUUGGGUUUGAUGGAGGUAUCUAAGAAUUAAUGGCUAAAUAGCUAAGAUCAAUUAGAAGAAUUGAAAAAUCUAUUAAUUGGUCUAAAUAUAUGGAUUAUAUGACUAGUUUCAAAUAUUUUUUGGAAUCUAUUUUAUUUGUAUCACUUUUAAUUUUAUAUGCAAUCGUUGAAAUUAAUGAAUUAGACUUUUUCACUAAUUCUUAAUUACUAUUAAACUUAAACUUAAAUAUGGCAAUCUAAAAAUCCUACAUAUCUCCAUUAACUAACAUAUCUUAAAUUAUAUCCCAAUCAAUCCCUAAUGGGUCAGCUAAUAGUUUGAGUCCUACUUAUCCUCUUUAAUCAGGUUUACUUAUCUAAACCCUUGUUGGUAUAGUAAAUAUUUAAUGUAAAUUAGGAUGACAUCAACAAUUGUGAUAUUUUUAAUGAAAAUCAAAAGCAAAUUUAUUUGGAUAAAAAUUAAUCUUGUUUGAUGUUUGACAUAACAUAAACAAAUAAUUUAGAUAAAAGUUACACUAAAUUACAUUUUGAUCCUAAAGUCUAUAAUUAAUAAUUUGGAGGCUAUGUUUGGGAAUUCAAUUUGAGCUCAAGACAAUCAUUUUAAGAAAGUUAUGAUUUAAUGAUUUCAGAAGAAUGGUUAUAAUUUAAUGUAAAGCAAUCUCAAUUCCUAUUAAAUUAUUAUAAUAGUCCAACUUAAAGAAUUAUUUAAGUAAGUAUCACUACUAUUUAUUUAUUCAAUGAUGUAUAUAUUUUGAUGACAUUUAGCGUCUUUUGAAUUACAAUAGUUUUUCAGCUGAAAGUUUUAAUUUAAGUGAAAUACCAGAAUAAGUUCUAGUAAAUAAAGACAUAAUAUUUUAUUGUUCAAUUAUCCUAUUGAUUUCGUCGUUUUUUGGUAGAAAAUAAUUUAAAAUAAUAUAGAUUUUUUUGGCUUAUAUUUUUUAGGAACUAAAAAUAAUUUGAUUGUGAUUUACUUAUAAUAUUAAGAAUUAAUGAAUAGGAAGAAAAAAAUGUUAGCUAGAAAAAAAGAUAUAAGUGAAAGUGAUUAAAAGGAAAUAUAAUAGAAAGAAUUGAUAGUAGGAGAAUAUGUAAUAAUAAAUUUAAAGGUUGUAUAUAUUACAAUUAGAAUCCCUUUAUUUUUUGAUUAUAUUUGUAAUUAAAUUAUUCAUUUUAUUUUUAGAUAUUUUAUGUUAAUUUGGAAUGGUUAUGAAGAAUACAGUAGACAUUUACUAUGAAGAAGCAUUAAAAGAAAUAGACUUAAAAUCAGAUUAAUAUCAAGAUGUAAAUGCUUUAAUUGUGCCAUUGUUUGUUAGUAGAAUGUUUUCAGCAGUUUUAGUGAUAUUUUUGAUGAUUUCGAUAGUUAGAUUUAUGGGGAAUUGGAGUCCAUAUUUAAAAUGUUAUGGAUUAGUCAUGAUAAGAGUAAUACUAAUUCUAGUUUACAUAGUUUAAUAGGGAGUCUUGGUUUCUAUUGCUUGUUUUGAUAUUUAUUAUCAGUGUUUGUGCAAUGUCAUGGAUUGUAACUAUACAAGGCAAAUUAGUAAAUCAUGACAAUUUCUUUUAUACCUUUUUGGGAUUACUUAGAUGUACUUUAAGGUUUGGAUUAGAUAAUGAUAUUGAACAACAAGGAUUUUAUAAUACUUAUGCAAAAGAUGUAAUUUAUUCUUUAGAAACAAAAUAUGUAAAAAGAUUCUUUUAGAAUAUUAGUUACAAUAUAUAAUAAUAAUUACAAUCACAAUGAUAAUGAUACCAAUAUUUAUAUCUUUAAUGACUGAUUUAGUUCAAAAUACAAAAGUGGAAGCAAAAUAGAAAAUGAUGGAAAUGAGAAAGCAAAAUUAAAAAUGA